AAAAUAUCUGAAAGCAACACAUCUCAAAUAUAUUCCGCUAGAGCUAAGAAAUUGUAAUCUGCUUCUUAGCAUUACAUUGGAUAUUCACAAUAUACAUCGACGAACAGCAGCCAACUUUCCAGCAAACGCAGAUCGGCUUUUUAUAUUUUCUCACACGGAGACACAAUUGUUUCUUUUCUCAAUUUUUUGAGAAAAAGAAAUCUAUAAACCUCUAUUAAUUGAUCAAUUGCCCCGUGAAGAAAAGUGCUAAAUACGUAUAACAACAAUGGAUCUUAGUUUGGAUGAGAUAAUUAAAACCAAAAAGAUUUCGCUACCAUCAGCUGUGAAGAAAUUCAAUAGUACGGAGAAUCCCCGCAAAGGUUUGGCUUUACGAAAGACGUUAAAUAAGCCUGUAUUCAAGCAGAGCGUUGUGACUGACGCUCGAAAUAAAAUUAUACAGAAGAAUCGUGAAAAAAUACGAGAUGCGCGUGAUAAAUUAUCAGAAUUAACGCGAGCUAGUGGUGAUGUACGCCAACGUUUAUUAGCAAAGAAAUUAAAAGCCGCAGGCGGAUUGAAAACGCGAGGCGCCACGAAAAAAUUGUAUACAGCAGCGUAUCGUAAUGGUGUAACUAAAGCCAGACCAGGAUUGAAAAGUUCACAACCCUAUCUAAGGGAACCUGCACAUGUAUCAAAUCGAUUACCCGAUUUAAUAAAUGUUCCUCGUGGUUACGUAGACUAUGACGACAUGGAACGUAUGGAAGAAGAGGAAAUUGCUGCAGCCACAAGACUUAGCCGCACGGUAACAAAUGAUUUUGCCACAUACAGUCAACGAGACGUUUCUCCAACACCACCAAUAAGACGCAUGAAUUCAUGGGUGGCAAACACUGAAGCUUUUGAUCCUUUUGAUGUUUACAAACCUCGUGAACGUCGCAUGUCACCAGAUCUACCACCACCUCCACCCAAGGGCAUACUAAGACCCAGCACCCGACAAUUAAGUCCAGAUUUGUAUAAUCGCCGCUAUGUGCCAGAACCAUCAUCACAUCUAUCAUAUGAGAUGCGCUCCCGUUUAGAGCGUGCACCUGAUCCACAUGCAUCCAUGGGAAUUUUCUCUAACCCAAUGAAAUCGUCAUCAUCAUCAUCCUCCGGUUAUCGUAUUGUAGUCAGUAAUUUGCACAGCAGCGUCACUCAGUCAGAUAUUCAAGAAUUGUUUGAGGAUAUCGGACCUUUGUAUGAUUCACGUUUAGUGCGUCCCGGCGUCGCAGAAGUUAUAUACAAAUCUCUUACGGAUGCAGAAAAAGCGGUGGAUACCUACCACAACCGACAAUUAGAUGGUCAACCAAUGAAAUGUCUGUUGGUCAACCCCCGCGCUUCAAACAAGCCCACCGCUCCAGCAAUACCCACAGCAUCAAGUUCGCGCAGUUCUUCAGGCAAAACACCUUUGGAAAUUGACAUAGACGCUUUGCAUAAGGUGCUUUUCCGACGUAAUUAACGCUAAGAUGAAUAAAAAUAUUAAAACUCAAUAAAGUGGCAGAUAUGAAGCGUAUUUAUAAUAACUAGCUUAUUAAGCAGAUAGCAAGCAGAGCCUACAUGUCAAUAAAUACAUACAUGUUAUAAAUGUAUCUUAAAUGAUUAUUGGUGUUCAUACACAAAACAAAAUAAUGUAGAUUUACGCUUCUGCCAAUAAAAUUUGUGACGUACCAUUAUAAAUAAAAUCAUUGACGUACAACCCUAAAAAGU